UAUUAAAAACGAUGAAAAGUGGAAAAUCAGGAAGACUUUCAAAAAAAGGAGUACCACAUGCAUCAAUCAGAAACACAAUGAAAGAUAUUCCAGACGGAAAACUGUCGGAAAUGGUUAGUGGAGAAAGACGUGAUUUAACAGUAUUCGAAAUACGUGAAGAACUAAUAAAUGGUGUGUUGGACAGAUGCUAUGAAAUAUACAUAGAAAAACAAACAGUAUUAUUUACUGGAUAUUGUGCGUAUUUAGCAUGGAAACAAUUAUUUCAAUGGGCAUUCUUUCCAAGAGACCCUGGUGAAAUUGAUUACACAGAUAGUUAUAAAUGGAUUCCAGAUAAACCUCCAGCACCAUCACCACGUGACACAUGGGCAGGAUAUGCAGUGCCUAUCAUACAAAAACCAAAAGUAGAAGACAAAUAUGCAUCCGUUAAUGAAAAGGAUUUAGCAGAUCCUUGUGAAAUUUACGAUGAACAAGCGAAGACUACUGCACAAAAAGAUACUAGAAAUCCCCGUGGGAGUUCUGCAUCAAGAGACAAACGAUUACCGAAAGAAAAAUCAGAAAUAGCUUUCGAAGAGGUACUCAAAAAGAAAAAACAAAAAUCAACCAAAUCAAUAUCUUCUAUUCAACGUGAUUACGAUAGAAGCAUGUUUACAAAAAUCAAGACCAUGCCUUAUAGUUCAUUACCACCUGCGCCUCCACCUCAUGAAGUUCCACUUCAAGAAGUUCUACAUACUUCACAAGCUAUCGAUGAAACAUUACCGGAACAAAAAUUAAUUGAUCCAACAGUUGCUGUACCACGUAAAAUACAACAUCAAGUAAAUGGACCUUUUCGUGUUCCAAUUGUGUAUCAAGUUCUAGAUGAAAAAGAUCCAUGCCUCGAUCUGGAAAAAACCAAAAGAAAAUCGAAAAGAAUAAUUGCAAAAGAAAUAAAAAAAUAUUCUAAACCAAUGUGUCCAGAUAAAAUAGCAGAGCAAACAAAAAAGGAAGCCGAAGAAGAAUCAUCAAACUCUUCAAUUUCAAGUAGUGAAGUGAAAAUGGUUUUUGAUGAAUCAUUAAAUAAACCUGAAGAAUUUCUUUAA